GUCAAAGACUACAUGAUCUCAUCAACAGCAGUGGUGAUUGGAAGAGAUCGAUAUAACUGAUGUAUCGCUGAGUUGAUUCUACAUGUGCCCGUUCGGUGUACGCAUUUACCUGCCCAAACACGGGAGAAACGUAGAUAUCUUGGUGAAGACAUCUUUUUAGUCGUCUGAUUCAAGAAUCAAAUACAGACUGAAACUGGAAAGAGUGGUGCCAUUCUAUUUAAAAGAUGUAGUGCUAUUAUCUUUAAAAAAAAUUCCUUGAGGAUUUAUUAAUAUUUCCGUAAGAUAUUGGGCGUUCUGUACAGCGAAUCAUUUUGGUGUGCAGAUAAUUAUGUACUCCGUCAGGUGUCUUAUCUUUUGAAGAGGGGAAGUUACACAGCAGCGGUGACAGCUACUACCGCACCUUCAAUAACGUGAUGCAGAUUUCCCUCAGUUCGGUCAGUUCUCAUUCUCAUCGCUCACUCGCUUUAUUCGUUGUACGAUGUCUCAGACGAAUACUACCAAAGCCAAAAUGACAAGUCAAGUGCAACUAGGACAUGUUAACUCACUCUUUUCCCACGUCAAAGAAGACUGGUGGAAAGAUGCCUUCAACGAGAUAUAUCUCAGAACAGACGGCGAUGUAGUCGAAGAUCCUUCGAUCACAAAAGCAGAAUGCGAAGAGCUACUGUCCAUCGAAGGAGUUGCCAAACUGUUCAAUCUCGCAACCGAGACCAGUCAAGCCAUUCGCGUACUUGACUUGUGCUGCGGACAAGGACGACACAGCAUUCAUCUUUCCGAAAAAUACCCAUUGAUCGAUUUCAAAGGGCUGGACUCGAGCAUCUACCUGAUUGAGCUUGCGAAGCGACGCGCACAAGAUGCGGGAUGCCAAAACACAUCUUUCCAAGUCGGAGAUGCCCGUCAUAUUCCAUAUGACGACAAUACUUUCGAUCUGACCAUCCUCAUGGGAAAUUCUUUUGGUGUAUAUUCGAGUGAAGAUGAUAAUGCUCGACUCCUGGAGGAAGUUGGUCGAACGUUGAAGCCCGGUGGAAUCUUCCUGGUGGAUCUGGUCAGCGCCGACUACACAAAAUCGAGUUUCCGUCCAGGAGGAUGGGAAUUUAUUAACGGUGGAAAAGUAGAUAUGCCGUAUAGUAAAGGAUCCACUGGCGAUCCCGGAAGUGACAGCCUGAUUGCUUGCCGCGAGCGAGAACUAAGCGAGGAUGGAAAAUGGCUUGCAAGUCGAGAGCUGGUGAUAAACUUGUCUGGUGGACUUCGUCAGGACUUGUUCUACAAGCUUCGAUUGUAUGAAGUCGAAGAGAUGGAGCUGCUUCUUCGUAACGCUGGGAUGGAGCUGAACAAACAAGCAUGUCAAGAGCUUCUAGGUCCGGCCAGUCAAGGGAAUCGGAAUGAUGACUUGGGGAUGAUGGCGGCUCGACAUCUCCUAGUUGCUGUUGCAACUGUGCCUAGCAAUGGCGAGGAUCGUAGCAUAUUCAAGCCAGAUCCAAGCAAGAACUUCUUUGUUCAUCCAUAUCUCAAGAUCGACAUCGAUCCUGUGAAAGGACGAGUGGUCCGAUCUACCAGCAAUGUGAAAGCUGGGACGCUGCUGAUGGUUGACAAUCCUUUUGCGCUAGUUCCUGACAUCACACAAGGAAGUGGCGAUUUUCUCCCAUGCAGUCGGCUAGAAUGCAGUAAGCGUGUCACUGACCCAUCAUCAAGUGUCUCCUGUCCCAACGUGUGCAAUCCCGAGGUUAUCUGGUGCAACAGCUCCUGUCGUGAACUUGAUAAAGCUCGGCAUGAGAUUGAGUGCAGCUGGUUGAAGCAGAACACUGCCACCAUCCUCCAAGAACAAGGCCAGUACGACUUCACCAUGCUGUGGAUUAUCGUCAGAAUUCUUGCUUCGCGGUCUCUUGAAAAGGAGCAAGAAGAUCUGCUGCCCCAAUCUUUGUCAACAGUAGAGCAAGCAGACCGCAACGAUGAGUACGUAUUUACCCACAGCUACCACGAAGUUGACAAGUUGCGGUCAAAUCGCAAUGUCAUCUCGCCUUCAAAGAUUGAACAUUACUACGUUCUCGUCAAUGCUUUCCUCACCACCGAAUCAGGCUUUCAAGGCAGCUUGGGAGUGGAAGAACUUGUCGACUUGAUUUGUAAAGAAGAGAUGAAUGCCUUUUGCCUCUAUCCAAAAGGGACGGGAAUGCCGGGAGUGACAAACGGCAGAGGAAGAGCGUACGGUCUGGGACUUUAUACCAGAGCCACUUGGAUGAAUCAUGACUGUGAUGGGAAUAUGUCCCACAAGCCGAACCGCAACAGCCAAUACAUGUUUCGGACAACUCGAGAUCUCGCUGCGGGAGAGGAGUGCACAAUCGCCUAUUUUGAUCUGACGGAGCCUCAGCAUGCUGAUGUGCACUCUCGAAGGGCCUUCUUAAAGGAGUGGUUCACGUUCGAUUGUAUGUGUCGCAGGUGUCUGAAGGAGCUUGAGGUUUCCGAGUGAUUUCAUAUUCUGUCUUUGCUUGCCAUCAAAAGUGUGGAAAUCUUGGGAGAUGAGAAUACGUCCUGGACAUACAUGAUUCACCAGAAACUUGCGAAGUUGA